UUCUGAAGCUGGAGUGUGACAGUUCUCAAUGGGUAUGAGCUGGCGCAUUCAAUCACGUCUCUGAUUGAGCAAACUCAGGGUCGUACGCCUGUGGAGAGUUGAGCUGAAUUGAACACUGAAGCAGCACACCGACGAUCACCAACAGGUUGCUGCAAAGCAUCAUGGCGUCUCGAAGUUCUGGGGGAGUAAGCGACCCGUCAAUAUCCCUGGAAGAGAUCGAUGCAGCGCUGCGAGCAGAGUAUGGGCAGUUCUCGCCUUACCAGGGAGUGGACGUGCUUCUGUUGGACCCAAAGAAGAAGUUGCAGCUCUUUGCCGCGACUAGUUACCUGGAGAACAAACUGGAGAACGCGUCCCCCAAAGAGGUCCAAAGAAUGGUGGACAGCGGACUCUUCAAGGGCCUCUGCUCGAUGAUGGCAAUCGCUCCGGAUGAAUCGGAGGAGGCGGACGCAGUCAUGACGGUGUGCACGGACCGCUUGACUGCGUUCGUGGAGGCUUUGCCGGAGUUGUCAGCAAAAGCAUGGUCAUACGGAGCGGUUCGUCCCAUCACCGCCGUGCUUCUGCGGAAGUGGGACUUGAGCAAAGUCGACUUCCUGUCAAACGAUGCCCUUAAGGCCUCCAUUCUCUUUCUGGAAGCGAAUGGCCAACCAUGUCACGAGCAUCUGUUCGGCCAGGGCGACGUCGAGUCCCCGCCAAGUGAAGCCAAGAAAACAGCAGGGAAGCUCUACCGAUGGUUGCUGAAGAAAGGAGCGAUCGACGCAGUGGUGAGGAUAUGGUCUGCGCUCCCAAACUAUGGGGAGGAGUAUGAAGAAUCGACAAACUACGAGGAGUUGGCGUCGUCGUGUGCAUCGGUGCUGUGGUAUGCCAAUCUGGUGCACAGGAAGGAGAUGGUCAUGGCGUCGAAAGCAGAGCUUUUGAAGCCCAUCUUGCACUUUCUUCUUGUGGAGCAAAGCGCUCCGAAGCAGAUGAGGCAGGUGGCGGUGGCCCUGCUCUACAACUUGUGGCUGAAUGACACAAACCAAUACUUCAAGCUUCCGGACGCUGCCAAGGUCCGCAAGCAGAUUGCACGACAUCCGGACGUCCUACAGCUGCUGUCUCUCCUUAGGGAGUAUGCCGAAGAUGCGGACAAAGAACCUUCUCUGACCAACCACCCACUCCUUCAGAGCAGCUUCAUCGGCCUCAUGCGUCUCCUCGCAAGCAAUUCGUCAGUUCCUCUACCCCGACAAGCCUUCCAUACCGCGUGCCACCUGCUGCGCACGGUUUCCGACCCUGUCGUAUGGGGGUUAGGCUCUAACCUGGUUUCGAACCUCUGCAUUGAGGGGAAGUUAUCAACCAGCGACCUUCUGGCACAUGCCUUUCCCGGGCUCCUCCGGGCGUUUGCCGCUGAGGUGGCGCGACGAUAUCCUGCCACGCGUGCCAUCUCCGAUCCGGACAUGGACCUGCUCAUCCAGAUGAUUGACUAUCUGCUACGCGCUUACGGGCGGGCGUACCAGAAGGUGGCGGCUCUCCGAGGGGAGUCGUUCGGGAUCGAUCCUUCGUCCGCCGGAGGCGUAUUGAGCUUGGACGAUUUGCCGAAGUUGACCCGGCAGAUGAUACAAACCCGCGCCGCCGCGGCCGUCGCGGCGCUCUCGCAGUCGGUGUACUACGUGAAGAGCAACACGUUUGUCCGCAUGCUUGCCGAGUCGGUUGUGAGGGACCGUACGCUAUUCAAAGCGCUCUUGGAGCAGAUGAUUCCCGCGCUAAUACUGAGCAUAGCCGAGCAGAGCGCGGGGGACAAACACCGGGGGAGCCAGAGCUUUGUGCUUGUGCGGCUUCUGUCGCAGCUGGACGAACGGGACGGCAGCAUCCGUUUCGAGACGUUUCAAACCGCUGGCCCACACCAACCCGAGGUUGGGGUGUUGGAUCGGGCAGCGUCUCGUGUAAGAUACGAGUAUGCAAAUAACAAGGUAUGUAUAAAUGAGGCUCUUCUGAAGGGUACAGGAAAUAUGCUGCUGGAGUUCCUCGCAGACUUUCAUGUGACCGGUUCGUUAAGGUCUGACGCGGUUCAGCUCCCGAAGGAGCGGGAAACAGCGCCGAGUGCGACGGGGCCCACAUGCUACUUAUGUGGGAAACAGUCUGACGCGUUGAAGAGGUGCGGUCGGUGUCGAGUGGCGGAGUACUGCGGUGCGCAUUGUCAAACGACAGAUUGGCCGACGCACAAGGUAGUGUGCAAGUCGAAAGGUAUGGGAAAGAAGGGGGCGGACACAGUCAAAAGGACAGGCGUCAAAUAGCAGGUUCAUACUUGUGACAUAGAAGCCACUGGCCCAUGUGGCUAGUACGGCGUGUUUGAAGUGAAUCAGUGUACAUAACGGACAGUCAUAAUCAUGCAGGGAUUGACAUUUGACCGUAUGCUAUAUUUCUACCUCUACAAUGUACUUCGUGUCCGCUGCAGCUCCCAAGUUUCAAAGAGAAUUGUACUGCAAUUUUGAAGUAAUUGCAUGAAAUGACCGCGCGGCCUG